AAAAAUGCAUCUGCAGCUAGCUGGUAUAUUUUUUGUUGGGAUUACAAUGGUUUGCUCUCUGCAAGCUUCCCAGGCAGGUGAUGAUUCUUUAGUUUCUUCGCAGAGUUUAAACAAUUUGAUUCAACAAUUUAAUAAUCGACUGAAUACUCUUGAAGCUCGAGAUAAAAUCCAAGAACAAACAAUUCUAGAUCUGAGGAAGGAACUAUCAGUUUAUACAGGAAAGGUUGGAAUGCUUCAACAGGAGGUUUCAGAAAAGUCAGAACUGAUUUCGAUUUUGCAUAAAAACAACACUCGAUGUACCGCAGAUGAAUGUUCUGGUACAGAAAAACUCAAAACCGAAGUGCAUCGGUCACGAAGGCAAGUGAGUACAUCGAAUGUCGCCUUUACUGCUGGUUUGUCGAGAAGUAUACUACAUGCACCGGCCUACCAAAACAUCGCCUUUGACCGCGUUCAUACAAACAUAGGGAAUGGAUAUAACGCACUUAGUGGUAUUUUCACUGCACCUGUUUCUGGGACCUACGUCUUCUUUACGUCAAUUCUUGUUUACAAUGGUCGCGAGAUAUUCUGUCGGAUUGUUGUUAACGGUGUCAAUAUUGCAGAUACUUAUGGCCGAGGCACAGACGGACGACUCGACCAGGGGAGCCAGUUUGUUAUAGUACAGCUUCAGAAAGGUCAUCAGGUCUCCGUUCAGAACAAGGUCAAAGAUGAUGCUAUAUUUGGAAAUCAGGAUCUUUAUUCUACGUUUUCCGGAUUCUUGCUACAUUCAACAUAUUCUGGCUAAAAUGCACAUAUAUUUUAUUGAAAUUGCAGUGACAAAUUUUUAUGUCAUAUGUUUUUUAUUUCUAUUUGCUUGAUGAUACAAUAUUAUGCACAGUAAAUGAAACAAUCACAUCAAUUAAAAACACAGUUGUUUGAUGCGUUUUACUAAAUACGUGUAUAUAGAAAUGUAAAUUUAAGUAAUAGAUGUUUGUUCCUGUAAUAACAUAACAUGU